AGAAAGUUUGAAGACCUGUAACGCCAUCCGAGUCCGACUACCGAGUUCAUUGUCGCGUUCUCUCCUCUCGUUCGCGAUGAGAUUUCUUAUAGAUCUAGAAUUUGCGUGUAUAAGGAAUAGCCUAUCGAAUACGCAACCAUCGUCAGCCAGGAACUGGUUUCUCGUAGAAAAAAAAACAUUCUCCAGCGUCCAGUGUAAAACGGCGUCUGGUCUUAUUAAAAUGUCAUUGUCGUCUAUUAAGUUCGCUUGUGUAACCGUGGCCGGCACGUGGUGCAUUGUGUUUCUGCACAAUUUAUCGAUAACAAACGCAGGAGUAUUAACAUGGGCGGGCGACAAAUUGAAAAACACCUUCAGUACCACAACACCCCAUACAUCACUUUCAGAACGAGCCACUUUAUGCGAAUGCUCUUGCGGCAUUGCGAACGAAGACACGCGUAUAGUUGGAGGCAAACCCAGUGAACCGAAUGAAUUCCCUUGGAUGGUUCGAUUAUCUUAUUUUAAUAGGUUCUAUUGUGGAGGCACCUUAAUCAACGACAGAUACGUAUUGACCGCUGCUCAUUGUGUCAAGGGUAGAUUCUUAUGGUUUAUGAUCAAAGUGACGUUGGGAGAACACGACAGAUGUAAUUCGACCGCAAAACCGGAGACUCGUUUUGUACUCAGAGUAUUCGCCGGCAACUUUAGCUUUUUUAAUUUCGAUAAUGAUAUCGCUCUGUUGAGGUUGAAUGACAGGGUGCCUAUGACGGAUACCAUUAAGCCGAUAUGUCUACCUAAAAGUGAUGAGGACACUUACGAAGGCAAAGUCGCCAAAUUAUCAGGCUGGGGUACGUUGGAAGAGGGUGGUAAACCAGCUUGCAUCUUGAGAAUGGUCGAUGUACCAGUUAUUAGUAAUGAAAAAUGCGUAUCUCGAUAUCCCACUGGUAUGGUCACCGAUAACAUGAUGUGUGCUGGAUACGACGAAGGCAAGAAAGAUUCGUGUCAGGGUGACAGCGGUGGGCCUUUAAUGACGGCCAGAGAUGAUAAACGUUACGAACUCAUAGGAGUAGUUUCUUGGGGUAAUGGCUGCGCUAGACCUAAAUAUCCGGGAGUCUAUACCAGAGUAACUAAAUACCUAUCUUGGAUCGAGAAAAACGCCAAUGACGGAUGCUACUGCGGAGGAUGAUCUCAUACAAACAUUACAUAUGCUGUAUUUAUUAUAUGUAUGUUUAAAAACUUGUAAAAAAUAUGUAAAUUAUUACCUAUUUACACAAAGGCUAAGUCAAAACUCGCUAAAUUAUUAAAAUCGCCGAAACCUCCAUCCAGUCAUUGAUAUACCAUAUGAAUAAACAAACCGCAACUCACGAAUUAUAGAAAGGGAGAAAAAAAGUAAAAGGAACAAUACGAAAAUACAUAAAUGAACCUAAUUAGUCUGGGUUUUUAAAGGAAUCGAGGUUCCGAGCAGAAAAAAAAUAUGUAAGUAGUAUAAAGUUCAAUAAUCUGUUCGUGUAGUAGGUGAGCAGUAUUGUCUUUCCGGCCUACUUUUUUGAUAGACAAUCGUAACGAGAUUAAUUUUAAUUGAUAAUUUUAUCAGUGAAAUGAGAAAAAACAUCGAUGUCGAAGUUGUCCAAGUUGGCUUAAAGUGGAGAAGGUUAAUCACCUUGAACUUAAUAAUUAUUUAUAACAAUCAAUAUUAUGUAAAUUUAAAUCGUACAAAUUGCGACCGAGAUAUGCCAACAGGAGGGUGUUCAAUAAGGUUAGGCUCGAAAGUAAAAUGGAAAGUAUUUCGAAUAAAGUUGCAUUUUUUAAUGAAUAAAAAAAAAAAAGAAGAAAAAGAUCAUAAUAUCUAAUUACCUAUCCACUGAAAUAACUGCAGUUUGAAUGAAGAAUUUGAGUAUAAUUUAUUCAAUAAUUUAAGAUUUAAAUUGAAAAUUUCAAUUUUUGUGUAUGUUAACAUUUUUAUGGCAUAAAAUAUGUAGGUAGGUACUACAACGUGUAGAGUACCCAAAUAAAUCAUUUUUUCUGCGUACCAAUUGCACUAAAGGAAUUAUUAAUUUAUCUAAAAUUAUUCAUCAUACUUACCUAGGUACUCAAAAUGAUUUUUUAUUAUCAACUUUCCGAUACCUACCUAUACUUUGUAACACAUCGAGAAGUUGAAAAUUUCCCAAGUCCGUCCUAAACCCAAUAUCCCAAGCAGCAGGGUGGCUGUAACCUAACCUAGUAGUGGGCAAUCGAGUACAACGGGUAACAAAGACAACACU